AUGGAGCAAGCGAGCCGAGCGGCGGACGAGGAGCGAGACGCGCCCAAGCGUCGUCGAACGGUGCUGUGGAAGCCGGGUACGGGGUACUGUCGGACGUGUCGCCGGCGAAAGGUCAAGUGCGACGAACAGAAGCCCAGUUGCCAACGGUGUGCCAGGACCGGUCGCGAAUGUGAGGGCUACGCCACUUGGGAGACCUGGCCGAUGGCCGUUGGCAUGCAUGCUGACGACGACCCCGCGGCUUCCAGCGGAUCCACGGCCGGCAACGACCUGAUGCGUAACGACGACUCGACCCGUUCGAUCAUUGCAACAUCGCCGAGCGAAUACCCCGUCAAUCACAUCCAGCUCUUCGCCGGCUUGAUCGAGGGCCAGUAUCGCAAGGGCGCCUACGCUGCUCCCGGCCCCGCCCAUACCAUAUCAUUUCUCCAUUACGUAGCCGCGCAGGAUGUUGCGCUUCCGUUGCUGCGCAAUGCCACCGACACCCUGUGUCUGGCGCAUCUGUCGAACCGCUCGGGUGAUGUGCGUGUGGCUCGCGCUUCCCAGGACUCGCAAAGACGGUUACUCUCGCUGCUUCAUCGGGCGGUGGCCAACUCCACCUCGCCCAAGCCCUUCUGCACUCACCGUGACGUAAUUGCGAGCAUUUUGAUGCUCAGUCUUGCCCCUUUGACGACGGUGCCCGACGAGCAGCAAGAAGAUAGUCUGUCGCCUGCGUUGAUCCACCUCAACGGGGUCAUGAAGUACCUUGAAGCCCACGGUCCCAUGGCGUUGGACGAAAAUGAGCCUCUAGACUACAGAUUACUGUGCCACGUGCGGUUACUAGGCGUGUUUCAGCAUCUGAGGUGGCGGAAGAGAGCCUUUUGGGAUCGGGCAGAGUGGAGAGAGGUGGGCAGCAUCCCACUCUCCUACGCUCCACGAACGGUGAUGGCCGACUUCGUCACACGCCUUCCGGGGGUCUUGGAGCAGACGGAUGCUUUCAUGGCCGCUGAGAUCGGUCCGUCAGUACAGACGCAAGCCAAAGGGGCACCACUCAUUCGCACACUCGACGAGCUACAAAUCAAGCUCGUCGGCCCUUGGCUGGCUGGACCAACCAUCACCAAGCGCAGUGUCCUCUUCGCCUCCGAUCUGGGGGUUGGCGUUGGUGCCACGGAGCAGCCCUUUGGCGCUUGCGAUGGAUAUUGUUUCGGUGCGAUCUACGACUUCACCAACCCCUCGCAUGGCUUCGUGAACGCCUUUGUUCGCUUCAUGUGCCUCAUAGCCGACUGCACGCUGCUACAAGUGCUGCAUCAUAUCGAUGCGCAGAGAGGAUCGUCUGGCGGAGCGUUCACCGUGCGCGCAGAAGCUGUUGAGGAGCGUGCGUACUUCCCGGCUACCGAGCUAUGUCGAUACGCCCACUUCUUCAGUAGACGGCGUUCCCUGCCCGCCGCCAGCUUCCUCGACAGCAUGAUAGAGGGGGCGCGGAACUUCUUCGAGUGUUUUGGGGCGCAGGAGGAGGCGGAGUGGUGCAAAGCAUGUCUUGCGUCGAACCAGACUCGCCUGCAGAGCUUGCGCCGUGAUCUUCCACCUCUCAUCUGUCCUGUGGGCAAGCUUAUGGCUGGAGUGGCGGACUCCUGUCGGUAUGGCAGGCCGAUCGCGUGCACGAAGGGGACUGAGGAAGAAACGAGUGUACGAUGUGCCUUACCUCAGCGAUGA